AUGGCUUCCACGUCAGAAUCUUCCGACCCUUCCGCGACAAUUCCCGUGACCAAAAAAUACAACUUCCGGAAUCCAUUACCUUUGUCGGCCUCUCAAGAGCAGGAAGUGAAGCAAUUGUACUACAAGCGCGUACGAGCUCGCUGUGCCCCGGAAAUCAAAGCCUUCGCUGAGUGUGCUGUCAAUCGAACCGUCACUGCGACAUGGGUCUGUCGACAGCAGCGACUCGCCAUGAAUGCGUGCAUGGUCACACACGCCAACAAUAGGGAAGAGGAAGACCGAGCUCGAGAGGAGUGGUUCGCAACAUACGAAGAGCGACGUCGUGUCAAAGAAGAGGAAUUGAAACGUGUGGAGCAGCGCCGAGCCGAAGUUAUCACAAUGAUGCGUCAGGACGAGGAGCGAAGGAGACAGCAGCAGCAGAGUGAAGGAAAAUGA